UCAAGAUGGCAGCGGAGAUACUUAAAAAGAAGAUCCAGGACCUGAUGGCAGAGCGUGAUGAAGCUCUGGAGAAAGGAGAUGGUCUUGAGAACGAUCUCAACGAAAUGAAGGAGGAACUCCUCAAGGCUGAAUUUGAAAAGAAAGAACUGGAGAGGAGAUUUAGAUUGACAGAAGAUGAGUUAGAUAACCAGAGCCAAGUUAGAAACGAUCUGAAAAAGAAGAGCAUCAAUCUCACGGUGGAAGAUGAACGUAUAAAGGACGAUAUGAAGAGUCAGGUGCAGUCAAUAAACGAGAUGGAAGAACUGAUCCAACUGAUCGACAGAAGGUACGAGGAAUUGGAGUUGGACUACAACGAGACGAUGGAGGACCUCAACGCUCUGUAGAGAGAUAAUCUAACAUGUUCUGACGAUUCCCCGAGUUGUGGCAUUUCUAUUUCUAACGUUAUCUACUUGUCUGACUAUUUAUUGUGAAUCUAGAGAAUUUUAUUGACACAGAACGCUACUGGAUGGAUUUCAGGUGAUGAAAUGAGGGUACUGCCGAAUCACUUUUACACUAAAAACUGUGAAAACAAUUGAAUAUGAGAUUUUUGACUUGAUGAAAUUCGUUUUUCUUUAAAAUUUAAUUUGUAAGGUAAUGAAUGAAGUCCGAGUAACUUUGAUUAUGAGAUAAGAUUUUUUGAACUAACUUUGCUAAUUCAUUUUGAGCUUUUUGUAAGAUUUUUAAUUUUCGAACCAUAUAAACAACUUUUCUCCAAUUCUGUACAAGUAUAAAAUUUCGUUAUUAUUUACAUCAACAAUGUACUAUUUACAAAACUUUCAUAAA